GGUCUGAUGCCCGGAGAACAUGAGCCAACUGUGUCAGAAUGGUCCCCCUUUGCCAUUGGGAAUCCGCGGGUUGAGACGGUCAAGGAUCUCAUUUCCAUGCACAGCAAGGGCGGGAUUGGCGCGCCGUGGGCAGAGGACCGCGCGCGACCCAUCGCAGGCAUAGACCUCGCGCAGAAAGGCGGCUCGUACCAUUCGUAUUUCGCCCUCAUGGACCACAG